AUGACAAGUACGCGGGAUGCUGCGCUUCAUCCAAGCGGAGCCGGGUGCGCGGUUUUACGCGCGGCUGCAGGUCCGAGCUCAACCAAAGACAAACCGAGCCUUCCCGAGUUUAUCCUCAUUGUGUCAGUGAUGUUGCUCGUCCCGGUGCAGUUGGCAUCAGCUCAUCCUCAGUGUCUGGACUUCGAGCCACCUUUCAAACCGCCGUGGCACCUGGAGUUUUGCACCCAGUACGAACAGUUUGGCUGCUGCGACCAGAAGACUGACAACAUGAUCGCGGAGAGAUACUGGGACAUUAUUGACCAGCUGGAGGUGGCGGGUUAUGAGCUCUGUGCAGAUAUGUUGAAGGAAGUGUUGUGUCAGGAGUGCUCGCCAUACGCCGCCCACCUCUAUGACGCUGAGGACCCGUACACACCUGUCAGAGAGCUACCCGGCCUUUGCUUUGGCUACUGCUCUGAGUUUCAUGGCAAAUGUGGCCACGUGGUUAAAUAUUUAACUGAGAACCAGCGGCUGCAGGACACCUCUGGGCGAGAUGUGUUCACGUUCUGCAGCAUGGUGGAUCUGUCCGACCAGGACUACUGCUACCCCAACGUUUUAAAGAGCCCUGACCUCAACAGCCACCUGGGACAGGUGGCGGAGGACCGCAAAGGGUGUCUCCAGCUGUGCCUGACAGAGGUGGCCAACAACCUCAGGAACCCUGUGUUGAUGCUACACAGCGGCGACGACACACAUCGCAUGUUCAUCGCAGAGCAGGUGGGCUUUGUGUGGGUUUACCUGCGUGACGGCAGCCGGCUGGAGCUGCCCUUCCUGGACUUGAGCGGGGAGGUGAUGACCACGCCCUGGCUGGGGGAUGAGAGGGGCUUCCUGGGCAUGGCCUUUCACCCCGAGUAUCGGGGCAACGGACGCUUCUUCAUCUACUACUCUAUCCAGGUCAACAGUAAGCUGGAGAAAAUCAGAGUCAGUGAGAUGAAGGUGUCUGCCCACGAUAUGAAUAUGGCUGAUCCUUACUCAGAGAGGGUCAUUCUAGAGAUCGAGGAGCCCGCUGCCAACCACAAUGGAGGACAGCUGCUGUUCGGUCUCGAUGGAUAUUUGUAUAUCUUCACCGGAGAUGGCGGAAAAGCCGGCGAUCCCUUUGGAAAAUAUGGCAACGCACAAAACAAGAGUGCUCUGUUGGGAAAAGUACUCCGCAUCGAUGUUGAUGGAAGUGACUCCAGUGGGAAGCAGUACAGGAUCCCCCCUGAUAACCCAUUCCUCGGUGACCCCGACGCCCGGCAAGAGGUGUACGCAUACGGAGUCAGAAACAUGUGGCGGUGCUCUGUGGACCGCGGAGACCUGGUCAGCCGCUAUGGCCGGGGAAGGAUAUUCUGUGGAGAUGUGGGUCAAAACCGCUACGAGGAAAUUGACAUUAUUGUGAAGGGAGGAAACUAUGGAUGGAGAGCCAAAGAGGGCUUUGAGUGCUAUGAUAUGAAACUGUGCCACAACUCCUCCUUGAAUGACAUCCUCCCUAUAUUUGCAUACAGCCAUCAUGUUGGGAAGUCUGUGACAGGGGGAUAUGUGUACCGAGGAUGUGAGUCACCCAAUCUGAACGGCCUGUACAUUUUUGGAGACUUUAUGACUGGUCGAAUCAUGGCGUUAGAGGAAGAUAAAUCAACAGGAAGCUGGAAGGAGAGGAGCGUAUGUAUGGGCGACAAAAAGACGUGCUCUUUUCCUGGACUCAUCAAUCAUCACCACAAGUUCAUCAUCUCGUUCGCUGAAGACGAAGCAGGGGAAUUAUAUUUUCUGGCCACGGCAUACCCCAGUACCAUGUCUCCUUUGGGAACGGUUUUCAAAUUCAUGGACCCCUCCAGGAGAGCUCCUCCGGGGAAGUGUAAGCAGAAGCCGCUGCCUGUCAAAGUGAGGGGCAAAAAGGUUCCUUUUGUGCCCAGGGAACCUCGCCACCAAACCACCGGUGACGAGAAGCAAGGCCAGACCUACUACGACGACUGCGGCCAGGGUGACGACGGCGACGACGACGACGAGUGCUGCUGUGAAACGGAUAACACUUGA